GUGUGCAUUGUCGCGCGUGCAUAUUUACGACGAGCGAGAAGCAAACAGAACCGAGAAAUCCCCGGGUCAGUCCCGCUUUCUCGUCCGUGGCUUUUCCCGUCAUCGUCGUCACCGACGUCGCGAUCCGCUUCCGGUUCUCCGCGUUCGGUCCGCGCGCGAUCUCCGUCCCCGUUCUAAUUAUAGGGUAAACAGCGCGGCCACAGUCGCGGCCACUGGUGCACAGUUACGAGAAAUAUCGCGGGGAGCCGCGAUAGAGCGGAGAAGCUGUCGACCUGUAUUUCGUAAUAGGGAGCGGCUUUAGGACAGAAUUUGUGAGUGCACGUGGAACGGGCGCGAGGGAGAUACACGUGGUAGAUAAUCGUCGUAACGCUUGUAGCCUUAAUAACAUUUAUCACGUAGACUGCUUGUUUUGUCCAAAUUUGUUUCGAUAGUCACUUAAUGGAAAAUAAUUAUAAUAUUGGCUUCAUAAAUAUAUUUCUUCCUUUUUGUAAAAAUCCAAUUUGUUCGUUGCCUUGUGCUGAUUGCUAUGCACAGAAUAAACAGAGUUGUUGUGGUUACCAGUGUAGCUACGGAGGGAAGAAGUAAGGAAACACAUAUAGUAGAAACUAUAUAGGGAUGAGUUUUCCUCCGCAUGAAAGCGGUCAAUUUAUAUUUAUAAAAUCCAAAGUUUGAAUCCUUUCAGCCCACAUGACGUUGAGAAUUUUCACAUUUUUACAGAUUCUUCAAAUUUACAUUUAUUCUCGAGCCGAAGUUGAGACUUUUCGAAAUUGACAUACUCAAAAUUUUUGAUAAAGUUACGACGAAGAAUAUACUCUUGCAUUUAACUGUAUUGGAGUAGUGACUUAUUUCGUUUUCAUCGGUAUCUUUUUUGCUUUAUAUUAUUGUAAACAAAUUAUUUUUCAUCGCCUGCGAUCGUUUGUUUCGAAAAUGGAAAUGCGUCAAAUUAUUUUCCUUUAAAUCGUAAGACAUUUAAACAUCAUAGCUAUUCACGUAUCUCAAAAUGCCUUACAAUUCUCGUAUGAGAUAUGUGAAGCAUCUCUGCGAUGUUCCGCAUCGACGUGGAUUAUUUUUAAUUAGUUACGGUUUGAUCAUCGUUAAUGACUGCAGGCCUACCGGAACGUUCUCAGUCUUCCAGAUCAAAACUGCUUAUGAAAAUCGAGUGAACCACUUACGAACAGUACUCUCGGUUAUUCACAUAUCUUUAUUAUGUUUGUAGAGCGGUUUUUUUUUUCUUUUAAAUUACUUUCUCGAUGUCGAUCCAUCUGUACAUUUCUUUUUUUUUAUGAAAAAUAUUCACAUUAAAUAUUCCCUGUCUAGAUUUUUCCUGUAAACACUAUAAAGUUAAUUUUUAAUUUAGUUUCGUGAUUUCAUAUGUAUAAAAACAUGAUUUUUCAACAUAAAUGAUUUAUAUUUUGCAGCUCAAUUCUGAAACUUUUUUAUCCUUUUUUUUUAGUUUUAUAACAUAAUAACAUACAAAAAUAAAAGAAAAUAAAAAAGUAUCAAAUGAUGAAAAUACAUUUUAUUUUUUUCCUUUAUUUUUAUUUUUAACGUAAAUACGCUUAAAAUUCAUAAACCGCAAAGAAAGAUGCGUUGAGAAACGUCACCUUUCAGAAUAUGUGUGUCAUAUGUUUUGUACGUGUAAAACGGAUUCACGUGUUCAAACAUCUAUUGCAAAACGCUAUAAAUUUUUGUUUUAAUCCAAUAUAAUACACACAAAAAACCCGUGUUAUAUUCUUACAAUGCAAGAGCAUAUUCUUGAUACUUUUUUGAAAAUUGUGAGAAUAUGAACUUUCUCCAUAUCAUGUGGGAUAAAAGAAUUAAAACCAAGGUAUUUAAAAAAAAAGGAAAACUACGUCCUGAAAAAAAUGCGAGUUUUUGUACAGAGAGAAAAAAAUAACCAUUAAAGUUCAAUUUUAAAUUAUUUAUUACCUAUGUUUUUCGCGAAGUGUGCUUAUAUUAGUAAGAGAUAAGAAAGAAAAAUUUGUGUUUUCGUAUAAUAGCAACAGCAAUAAUAGUAGGAUGUUAGAUAAUUAAAAGCGAUAUUUUCCAUUAUUAUAUAAUUGAAAGAAGAUCACGCAGAGUUGAUUUCAGCAGCAUUAACUUUUCAUGUUCUUCGGAGAGCAUAAAUAUGGGAACCAUCGAAUAUUUUUCUUACGGCCCCCACUUUAUCCGCGUUAGCGCGGCCAAGGUGUACUAAAGAAAGAGGCGAGAGAAGGAGCGAGAUUUGCUUUGUGAGACGGCGAGUCGGGGCCGAAAAUAAACUUCCGUCGCGAAGAUACUCGGCGGUUACAACGAUUGUAAAGAGCGGCGCUCUUACAAGAGCCGGUCCGACCUCGCGCGAUCUCUCUCAGCUCUCAGUCGGUGUCUCGAUGCGCUCGCAAUCAGAUGCUGUGCUGUGUUCCGAAGAGACUCGCGGACGGGGGCCCGUUCUACGACGAGGCCCCGUUCCACGACGGGUUCCUGUUCCACGACGGGACCGCUAACAGUUCGCCGUCGUCCGUUCGCGAGAUACGGAUCGAGCUGUUCCCCGAGGAAGAUGCGCUGUCGCCGACGAUUUUGCUGCCGUGCGCGAUUUGCGCGCGGACCUUCCUGCCGCAGUCGCUGGAGAAACACGCGAGGAUAUGCGAGCGUGCCGCCGCCAAGAAGCGUAAACCCUUCGACUCGGCCAAGCAGAGGAUCCAGGGCACCGAGUUGGCCGAAUUCAUGCCUAAGCAGGAGGUUCGGCGACAUCAUCAGAACGAGAGAACGACCAGAUCCUCUUGGAAGGAGACCCACGACGACUUCCUGCGAACGAUUCGCGAGGCGCGCGGCGACGUCAUGGACUCCCCCAAGCAAUGCAAUUCGUUGAACUCGUCGGGCGCCCCGACACGCGCCAACGAGAAGGGCACGUGUCCCACGUGCAACCGUCAGUUCGGCAUGAGAGCCUAUGAUCGUCACGUAGCUUGGUGCAAAGACAGAGUCACCCAAGUGCCGGUAAGUCAGGCGACCAAUCUGGCCAAGGAGCGAUUAGAGGCACGUAUGAGGUAUAGGGCGCCGACCCUGAAGAACCGGCGAGCUAUUAAUCGUGAAAAGUACAGUCCGGGCUCGGGGGCGAAUCAGACUGCCAAGACCUCGGUGUCAUCGCCGGCGCUCGUUAAACCAAAGGAAAGUAUCUCGAGCGUCAGCUGCAAUCGAGAGAGUCCUGCCAAGCAGAAACCUGCCGUCGUGAGACAACUCCGUCCUGGACAACUGAAGGAUUCUCCUACCUCAUCUGGACCUAUGAAGUCGCGUCUUACCGAUCGUGUGAAUAGAUCCUGUUUCCAUCUCCUCAGGCCAGAGGAAGAUCACGACUCCCUAUCGACAUCAACGUCCUCUCGAUCCGUUCAUCCUUCCCAUCGUUCUCUUCACUUUCCUGCGAAACUCAGGAUUAACGAUCCGGUCUCUUCCAAUGAGAUCACAUCACUGCAUGCCUCGAGAAAACAAAUUUGCCAAAACAAAACGGUCUCUCAACGCGUUCAAAACGACGAUGCGAGAAAUCGAGAAACCUGUUCCUCCGCCAGAAUGCAGAAAAACAUCGUCUCUGCCAGAAGUCAGGGUCAUCCGAGAAUCAACGAUGUCACCGUGAAUGAUAAAAUUCUAGGAAUGAUUGUGCAGCCGUGCAAAAUACGUAUAGACACGCAAAAAGACGAUCAGUUAGUAACGUGGAAGCAGAUCAGUCGUAAGAAAAAUAAUCGUCACUCUGAUGAACCUGUUGUUGAUCAUAAUUUCUCGCGAGAGUUUCAGCUACUCGAUCUUGAUCGAUUGUGUGAUCAAGAAGAAGAAGAAAAAGAAGAAGAAGAAAGUGAAAGUCGGAGAACAGAAAAAAAUGCAUUAAUUACAGAAAACAUUUUUACUCCAACCGACAACAAGUUGGAAGAUUGUAAGAUUGAUAAAGUGAAUGGAAACGGCGUCACAUGGUUGAACGGUAUUCGGAAUUUGAAUCAGACAUACUUGAUAAAAGAUUCGGAGGAUACUGAGGAUCUUCCGUCGGAGAUUUUUCACAGCAAGUGGAAACCGAUUAAGCACAGAAUUUUUCCUCGCAUAGAAUUUUUCCUGAAAGAUAUGGAAGAUGAAACCUGCGAUUUUGAUCAAAAGAAAUUGAAAAGAGCCUCAGUAAACGACGAAGAAAUUGGAAUUAAACAAGUGAAAGAAUUAAAAGUGUGUAUUGAAAAUGAAGAAGACACUGUGGUGAGCUGUACAGUAGAGGAAUUAAAAAUAAAUGAUGAAAAUAAUGAAAAUAAUCGGAAAAUUAAUAAUAAGGAGAUUGAAGAGGCAACAUGUAAAACAGAAGAGCUUAAAAUAAAUAAUAGAGAUGAAGAAAAACGAAGAGCGAGUUAUGAAAAGACAAAAACUACAGAAUGUAACAUUGAAAAAAUAGAUAUAAAUACUGAAAAUACGAAAGAAAUUGAGAAAAUGGAUGAUGUAGAUAUUGCAGAAUCAGAUAGAUUAAGUGUUCAUAAAGAAGAUGAAGAAGAUGAAGAUCGACAAACAGCAAUGGAUAAAAGAAUUGAUGAAAGUACGAAAAUUGAGCAAAAUUUAUCCGAACCUGAUCAACUAAUUAAAUCGGUCAAUGUAACGAAUUCAAUUGCACCGAAUGUAUCGAAGAAAAAGAAUUUUAUUGAUAACAGUCAAGAUUAUCUGGUCCUUAAAGACGAAGAAAUACCACAAUGUAAUAUAUACGAUAAUUCGCUUGAAUUAAAAGAAAGUACAAUAACUUUUACAUGCAAUCAACCUAACGUGAACGAGAUAGCACCUCUAAACGAUAGUAAUAAUCAAGCUGAUUGUAAUUCGAAUUCUGAGGAUGAAACUCCAGCAUGUCAAACCGAUAGCAAUCGCAAUUCGUUAGAUCUAACAAAAAAUAUCAAAGAAAUAUCAUUUUCUGCAUCCAGUCGGAUUGUUAGCCCAGAAAAAAAUUGUGCAAGAAAUGCUGAAAAAAUUGAAAUAAUUGAAGAAAGAUAUGAAAUUGAUUUAACCAAUAACCGUAAUAAAAGACCUAAGAGAAAUUCAAAGAGAUUAAACUCGGAAGUGUAUUCGCUUUCGCAAAAUUCGGAAAUUGCUGCUGAUAAUUACCCGAGUACACUUUUGCGUGUCAAGAGCAACAGACAAUUUCAAGAAAACGGCUUCCGUUCUGAUAAUUUUGAAAAUGUCGAGAAUAACACGAAAGAUGAAAAGGCAGAUUUCAACACGGAUUCAGAUAACAGCUGUGUGGACGAUAAAUCAAGGCUCCUCGGCCGUUCGAUCAUUAAAACGGAAGUUAUGACAGGUGAAGGUUGGCGCAAGAAGAACGUGGACAGCGAAUUCGAUUACGGUAGCGAUAAUACUGCGCGUGUCGGGGAAUGUAAUGCGCGGGAUGCUAAUGGUUUAGAGUCAUCAAUCACGUUGACGGACUACGCGGAGGAGGAGUCACGGUAUCACGAUAACGAGAUUUUCAUGAACGCGAGCGUGAAUUUUCCAAAACGCGUCUCCGGCGCGGCUAGAAGGGCCGCGCGAGAGCGACCGGUCAAUCCUGUCGAGAUGAAGCACAAAAUCAGGGAGAAAAUGAAUCUUCUUCGCGACAGCACCAAUUCCCUGAUAUCCUCGGUCGAGUUUGUCGAACUCGCGAGCAUCAGACGGCCCGACGCGAACUGCGGUUACGAACGAGAGACCAUUGAGAUAAUCAGACCGAGGAACAGAAGCAGCAAGAUGUCCAAGGAUUUGCCUGAUAUAAAGAGUGAUGCGGGGGAGGCGAGAGAAGAUGCUGAGAGAUCGUACUGGAAGAGGACCUCUAAGAUCUCGCGGGAUAGACUGACUGAUUUUUAUCCUGCGUAUUGCGCGGAGUACAAGUUUGUUAAGAGAAAUCCUGGAAUCCGUAUCCUCCCUCCUGUCCUGAAUCCAUUCUUAAUUAACCGAAGGAAAAUUGAACUGGAGACACGUCCUGCUUGGUGCAAUUAUGUACGCAGGAGGCCGGACUUUAAUCUCGUACUUAAGGCUAGAACCGGCGCUUGCAAGGACUACGAUCCCUUUCUACUGGCCGAACAGCAGAUGAACGACCUGCUGUCGGAUACGAGCGAUCAGUCUAUGAUUGGGAGUCCCAAGCUCCAACAGACUCGUGAUAACCUCUAUCCUCUCUCGCACUCCUCCGCCUUUGUAAAAUAUCCUUCUUCCGACAAGAGAACGUCUCUCAUAGCGCCACCCACCGAGUUCGACGACCUCUUGUCCAAUUUCUCGAGUGACUCCACCGAGACCAACUCGAUUUCGCGCGAGGUCUUCCUGAAGUCCAAUCUCGCGGGCAAAGAUGCGACAGAUACCGCAAGCCCAAAAUCCGUCAGGCAAUUGGGUAGACGAGUUAUUAUCGAUAAAUCGAAGGCGCUGGGCGUCGACGAACAUCGCGACGUUGACGAACGUCGCGGCGUCGUCAGCGCCGACAGACCGCGCAAGAUCUUCGACAAGGUCAUACUAAAAAAUACGAAACCGCUAAUGAACCGAUCCAAUUCGAUCCGGGCCUCGUCUGCACCUAGAAUCAAUUCGGGCUCCGACAGGAAGACCUUGAGCGACAUGAGAAAGGUUCAAGGUUCCAGAAUUGCCGAGGGCCAAAGGUCGUCGGACCAGAAUCUCAAUCAAAGAAACAAUAACUAUUCAUCCAUGUCCGGCAGCAACCUCAGUCUAAACUCGAUCAUCUCCUCCUCGGAGCCAGACGUCAAGCGAUCGAACUCGAUGUUCGAUGAGCUGAUAACGUCCUUCGAGGAGAACGCGUUUCCCGGACUGAGAUCCUUCCUUAAUAACGAAUCCUUCGACCUGUCCAGCCCCGGUGGUGACAGACAGCGAAACGGCAGCCUGAUCAGCGACGAAGAAUUGUCCUCGCCCGACAGCUACAAGCCGCAGGAUCACAGCAAGAUCAGCAACGACUCUGCCUACAGCAGUUUAAAUCGCAAAUAUUCGCACCAUGGACGCAGCGCCAACGAUGUGAUCGAUCGCCUGGACGAGGACGCACCAAGGAACGAGACGUCGCCGACUCAAACGACAAGCAAAUGCAAGCUGUCCAAGUUCUGUCACGAGUGCGGUCAGCAAUUUCCAGAAACCGCCAAAUUCUGUUGCGAGUGCGGCAUGAAAAGACUCGCGUUUUGAAACGCGACAUCGUUCCCCGAGCGUCGUCGACAAUCAUAUCAUGUAUUGACGUUUUUUGAUAUUUGAAACGAAAAACGCACCGAAGAAGAAAUAUUAUCGGAAAGAUAUUUUUUGAACAAAAGAGUACAUUCUAAUUUUUUUAUUUCGAGAGAGAUCCUCUCAAGAUCGAGGCUAUCGAUGUUUUCCGAAGAGAAGAGUUUCGAAUUUGCAAUUUCGAGAACAUUUUGCGAGAUCGAGAGCCUGUUCUGAAAAUAUUCUCUGAUUAUGGGGCAAUGUAUUUAACUGCCUUAUCAUGAUAAUAUACAACAGAGCGCUAUAUAAUUCAGGCGACUUUUGUAAAUCUUAGAGUUUCGAGAGCAACUUUUGCGAGAUAGCGUUUUUAUACUGUCGAGGAAGAAUUUUUUUUAGUCUAACUUUUAGUUCGCUUUGUAGACAAUGCGUCGAUUUGCUAUAUUUGAGUAGUCUAGUGAUGUAUUUGAUAAGCGUUCUUUUUUUUUCGUCACAAACACACGAUGUACGCGUACACCGAGAGUCCGUCCUCUUUUCUACAAAUUCACAAGUGCGACUUUUUGAUAAGCUUUUUAUACAAGUGAAGAGAAUCAUACAAGUAUGUUCCCCUGUUAAAAAUAAGAGAAUUGAGAUGAAUCGAUAUUAAUAUAUUUUGUGAGCGUGUGAAUGAUAAAAACGAUCCUUAAAAUUGUUAUAUAUUUAAUCCAUUUUUUAUCUGUGAGAAGCGAACCAUGAAAAAAACACGUGUCCCUUAUUUGGAAUUAAAAUAUACUGAAGUGAAUUUCUUUAUGCUUUAUACUCGACAUUUAGUUACAUGUAUAUUUCGUCAAGCUAAUGAACUUUAGACGUUUAUGCAAAAAUGUACUUUUAUCAACUCGCUUAUUAAUUCGGCUAGUCUUCACAGGAUUUUUGUAUCUAAUAUCGUGUAACAAGAUUGAUUACAUAAAAUAAGAUUAGGAGAUUGUUAGCGUUUAAGUGAAUAUCGUGUGCCGAUAUCAUCAACGUUCAUUCAAUUAACAUGUCGCUAACGAGGAAUAAUGAAAUAAAUGCAAAAUGCCAGCUAUGCGCGCGUUGGAGAUAACCAUCUAAUCUUAAUAAAGAUAAAUCUUAAUCGCAUAUUGCGAGCAAGGAGAUUAAUUAUAAGUGAAUUAAAUAUGUGCAACUAUAGAAACGCACAGUCCAACCUUAAAAAGUGGUCCUUCGUAUUUAUUCUCUAAUACGGUAAGGAAAAAAUAUUUAUUAUAUACCUGAUGAAAAUUCGGACUAAUAUACAGAAUGCACUCCCCGGAAAAUAUACAAGACUCGGAUCCGAAGCGUAUGUCCCGAGGUAAUUAAAAAAAAAAGGGUCUUUUUUCCUCGUAUUUCCAUUGGUAAAGACAUAGACUUCCUUCAAAUUCAAAGAAGAGAGUUAUCGAGCUACCAUUUUUCAUACAUUUUGUCAGACAUCCCAUUUUUUUGUUUUAGUUCUGAAAAGAAAGAGAAAAACUAUUUUUUCAUAGUUGUAGAUGAGUUAUGAGAAAAUAGCUUAAAUAAUAAGCCGUACUAAUCAAAGACUACUUGUAACGAUUUUAACAAGAGUGAUUCGUUCGUUGGUUCUCUGGUGUUCGUAACGUAUACCAAAGAGUAACAUUGCGUAUAAACGUUUGACAAAACUGACUCGAUGUCUAACUUGGAAGAAUGCAUUUCAAACUAACUUGUAUGCAAUAAACAUAAAUUAUGUAUGUCCCAAACUGUAUUUUUGCAAGUGCAAUAAAUUGCGAUGCUUAUAUGAAUUAAA